AUGAAAGGCGCGGUUGUACAAGCUGUGGUUGACAGGGUUGAAGAUGGCGAUAAGGAGAAGAAGAAGAAGCAGCGCCGUCGCCGAUCUAAACAAAACUCUUCCAACUCAGCAUCUAAUUCAGCAAAUGAAAUACGCAGUGAAGUUUCUGAGUACUUGGGAAAUGGAAGAACGUCUGAUCAUGUAACCACACCCUUGAAGCAACAUCAGUUUGUCCUGCAUCCUCCAUAUGAGCAUGGAAUGAACAAAGCAUCUAAUUUUCCCUUCAGUUCAUUGCCAACAAUGCACAUCAAUGAACAAGAAAAUCAUGAGGAUGUGCAAAGUUUGGAAAAUCAACAUUCUCUGCCAUGUGAUCCUGGUCAAAGAGUGUGUGCAAAUUCUUGUCCUGAAUCAGUGGCUUGUGGAGAAUCACCUGGAAUAUUUAUACUAAAGGAUUUUCCUCCUCAUCACGUUGAAGGUUAUGCUCGAAGAAAAUAUUUUACUCCACACUGGUCUAUGGAGGCUACUAAUAAUGCUAUAGAGAAAGGUGAAGCUUUUAAAGCUUUGUUUAGAGUCAAUGCGCACAACAGACAUGAGGCUUAUUGCAAAGUUGAUGGAGUACCAACAGAUGUUCUCAUUGGUGGACUUGCUGAGCAGAAUAGAGCUGUGGAAGGAGACAUUGUGGUGGUUAAGGUUGAUCCCUUACCAUUAUGGACUAGGAUGAAAGGGUCAGCUGGAACUUGUACCAGUUCCGCACCAGUGGAUGAUUUUAAUUUGCAACUAGAAAAUAAUGUGAUUGCGGGUUAUAACUGCAAAGGUAAAGCUAAGGUAGAUGAGGUUUAUUUGUAUGGUAAUGAUCGAAGUAGCCUGCUUCCUGAGAGGGGAUCACGUCCUGAGGAAUCUGUGGGUGAAUCUUUUCAUUCAGGGCCAAUUGGACAAUCAAGUUAUGAUCAUGUUGCUGGAAGGUAUCCGUUGCCUUCAGAUUCUAUACAAGCAGGUUCUUCUCCUGAGCAGAAUGAAGUUAGACUUUCAGUAGAGAGGCUGUGUGCCAUGAUCAAUUCAUUCCCUUCCAAACGACCAACUGGCAGGGUUGUUGCUAUCAUUGAAAGGUCUCCUCGUAGAGAUGCUAUUGUUGGUUUUCUUAAUGUAAAACAGUGGAUUUCUUACAGGGAGUUUUGCAGAAAAGACAUGAGAAAGAACAAAAAUUCGUCAUUUUCUAACCAUGAGUACAUCCAGAUGACCCCAAUUGACCCAAGAUUUCCAAAAAUGGUGGUCCUUGUGAGAAACCUUCCUGAUUCAAUCAAGAAAAGAUUGGAGAAUGGUGAUGAAACAAUUGAAAUGGAGUUGUUUGCUGCGCGAAUUGAUGAAUGGGAUGAAGAAAGUUCUGCUCCCCAAGCUGUCAUCUUGAAUGCUUUUGGGCGGGGAUGUGAAUUACAGCCCCAAAUUGAAGCAAUUUUAUUUCAAAAUGCAAUUAAUUCAUCUGAGUUUUCUCCUGAAUCACUUUCCUGCCUUCCUCAUCUCCCCUGGGAGGUGCCUCAGGAGGAAUUCCAAACUAGGAGGGAUCUCCGAAACUUGUGCAUAUUUACUAUCGACCCUUCUACUGCCACUGAUCUAGAUGAUGCUCUCUCAGUUGAUAAAUUAUCCAAUGGAAUUUACAGAGUUGGUAUCCACAUUGCUGAUGUGUCACAUUUUGUUUUACCUGGCACACCCUUAGAUGAAGAAGCUCAAUCUAGAUCAACAAGUGUGUAUAUGUCACGGAGGAAAUUACCAAUGCUACCUCCUUUGCUUUCAGAGAAUGUUGGUUCACUUAACCCAGGAGUAGAGAGACUUGCAUUUUCAAUUUUCGUGGACAUGAAUCAUGCUGGGGAUGUUGUUGACCGAUGGAUUGGCCGCACUGUGAUAAGAUCAUGUUGCAAGCUUUCUUAUGAACAUGCUCAAGACAUUAUUGAUGGGAAAUUUAAUUUGGAAAGUGUGGACAUUCUAGGAAAUGGUCGUCCUCAGUUGCAUGGCCAUUUUGAAUGGUUUGAUGUACGUAGGUCUGUUAAAGAUCUUCACGAAAUUUCCAGAAUUUUGAAGGAGAGGAGGUUUAGUGAUGGGGCUCUUCAGCUUGAGAGUUCUAAAGUUGUUAUUCUGUUUGAUGAAUAUGGAGUUCCGUAUGAUAGCAUGCAUUCUGAACGGAAGGAAUCAAAUUUUCUUGUGGAGGAGUUAAUGCUUUUAGCAAAUAGAACAGCGGCUGAAGUGAUAUCUAGAGCUUUUCCUGAUAGUGCAUUACUGCGGAGGCACCCAGAACCUAACCUGCGCAAACUCAGGGAAUUUGAAGCAUUUUGUUCCAAGCAUGGUCUAGAAUUGGAUACAUCUUCUUCUGGUCAGUUCCAACUUUCAUUAGAGAAAAUCAGGGAAAAACUCAAGGAUGAUUGCGUUCUGUUCAAUAUUCUCAUGAAUUAUGCUACAAAGCCAAUGCAACUGGCUGCUUAUUUUUGUAGUGGGGAAUUGAAAGACAAAGAAAAUGAUUGGGGUCACUAUGGGUUGGCAGUUCCUCUGUACACACAUUUCACUUCACCGCUACGUCGGUAUCCUGAUAUUGUAGUGCAUCGUACACUAGCCGCGGCUAUAGAAGCUGAGGAGUUAUUGUUGAAACAUCGGAGAGUGUUGAAUAAUUUUAACAGGGGAGAUGAAUGUAGAAUGAAAUGUUUCACUGGUAUUUAUUUCGAUAAAGAUGCUGCUGAGUCCUAUGAAAGUAGGGAAGUGUUAUCAGCUGCAUCAAUGAAGCAUAGAAUUCCCUGCUCUGAAUUGCUUACUGAUGUUGCUGCUUAUUGCAAUGAGAGGAAGCUGGCCAGUAGACAUGUCAAGGAUGCUUGUGACAAGCUCUACAUGUGGGCCCUGCUGAAGAAAAAAGAGAUUUUAUUAUCAGAAGCAAGAAUAAUGGGUCUAGGACCUAGAUUCAUGUCCAUUUAUAUCCACAAGCUAGCUGUUGAACGUCGAAUAUAUUAUGAUGAAGUUGAGGGCUUGAUGGUCGAAUGGCUUGAUGCCACAUCCACAGUAGUGCUGACUUUAUGUUCUAACAGACGCUCGCUCAGGAGAGGUAGUCCUGGUAAAUGUAGGGCGCUUGAAGAUGUUGCCUUGGUCAUAAGACCUUAUGACCUCAAAGCUGAACUGGGUGCAGUUGGAAAUAGUACUAAUGAAGGUGCUGCAGCCCAAGAUGUUGGUGUAGCCACCCAUAGUUCUAACGAGAGUGAAAUCGAUCCUCUUGUUUUCCCCCUGACUCUGCGUGUUCUUUCAACAAUUUCUGUAGUACUUCAUGCAAUUGGGGGUGAUGAUGGACCCAUUGAUAUCGGGGCAAGGCUAUACAUGAGCUCAUAUCUCUGCUAG